AUGCAGGAAGCAUUAGAAUUACUAGAGAUUUUAGGUGAAUUCAGGCCUGUUAUGGGUGGAGAAGACACAAUAAAAUGGUGGCCAAGUGCGGAUGGUUGUUUUUCGGUUAGUAGCUGCUAUUCAUUGUUGCGGGAUCGUCAGUUAGAAGAGGUGGUUGAAGCGCAUACUAUGGAGGCGAUUAACAGAACUUGGGACACAGCGGUGCCGUCAAAAAUCAAGGUUUUCGGGUGGCGGUUUUUUCUAAAUAGAUUACCGUCAAAAGAUCAAUUAGAGAGAAGGAAUAUUAUUAACAGGGUGGAGGACAAACUGUGUGUUUUCUGCUCUGUGGUGAAUGAAGACUUAGCUCAUAUGGGCUUUUUAUGUUUCUUUGCUGCAAAGGUGUGGGACAGAGUUGCUGUUUGGCUGAACAUUAGGGCGUCUGUUUGGAUGAAAAAGAAUCAAAUUGGUAUAAUAUGGCUGGCUACGGUAUGGUCCCUUUGGAAUACAAGAAACAAUUUCAUCUUCAACAACUGUGAUAUUGUUCUAGAUGAAGUGGUGGUGGGCAUCAAAAUGGUUUCUUGGAUUUGGGUUUCGGUGGGUGCGACUAACCGUGUUUUUUUUCCGUUUUACUCUUGGCUUCAAGCCCCGUUGGUGGCCUUAAAAAACUUAUAG